AUGUUUGAACACGCAAUUGUCUUAUUUAUGCUGUUUAAUGCAUUAGUAGAAAUUUAUCUUACACUUCGAAAUAUUAUUUCAUUAUUUAAAGAAAGAUCCAAAGUCGCUAAAAGUUUAUCAACAGAAGAGGAGUACAAGCAAAUGCAGGAUUACAACAAGGAUAAAUUUUUUUUCUCAAUUUUUAAAUGUAUAAUUUUAACAAUCAAGGAGGUUAUUAUUGUUAAAUACAGAAUCAAUCAGCUGUUGUAUGAUAAUUAUUUUAGAAAUUCUUACAUGAGUCAAGUAUUUUUUUUUCUAGCUAACUAUAACUUAAAUACUAUUUUUGACAUUCCUUUUCGCUUGUACAGUACAUUUCGCAUUGAACACAUUCAUGGAUUCAAUAAGAUGUCUCUUCUUUUGUUUUUUACAGAUCUUGUAAAAAGUACGUUAAUUUUUAAUAUAAUCUUUUUUUUUAUAUUACAUGUUGCGCUGAAUCUUAUUUCAAGUUAUCUAAACUCAUUUUGGUUAUAUUUGUGGGUAUUUAUGUCUAUCACACAGCUUGUCAUGGUAGUAAUUUAUCCUGUUUAUAUACAGCCACUAUUUAAUAAGUUUACUGAACUUGAAGAAGGAACUUUAAAAGAGAAAAUUACUAGUCUUUGUAAAAAGAUAGGAUUUAAAGCAUCUAAAGUUCUAGUCAUGGAUGGAUCUAAAAGAUCUUCUCAUUCCAAUGCGUAUUUUAUAGGUCUUUUUAAAGAAAAGAGAAUAGUGCUUUAUGACACGUUAAAGAAUCAAAUGGAUGAAGAUGAGAUACUUGCUGUUCUUUGCCAUGAAUUUGGCCAUUGGUACAAAAGUCAUACACUUAAGCUUGUUUUUUGUGCCUUAAUUCAACAAUUAUUUUAUUUUUGGUCUACAAAUCAGUUACUUAAUAACGAGUAUUUUAGCAAGGCAUUAUUUUAUCAGAAUGAACCACUGAUUAUAAAGUUAAUGUAUGUUGUUUAUUUUUUAAAUAUUGCAGAAAUACCUAUCUCUUUGUCUAAUAAUGUUUUAUCGAGAAGUUUUGAAAGGGAGGCAGAUGUUUAUGCUGUUAAACAGGGUUAUGGAAAAGAGCUUUCUAGUGCAUUAGUUAAGCUAAGUAAGGAAAACAAAGGUAACUUAUCUCCUGAUAGCUUGUAUUCUACAUUUUACAACAGUCAUCCUACUGUUGUAGAGAGAAUGCAAUUAAUUGAAGAUGAAAUGAAGAAAAUUAAAUAA